UAGACGUUAGGCACAACCCGCACAACCGCCGGGGAGCGCUGACUGAGACCGUCUCUCGAUGUUUACUUCGUUGAAAUACUUAAUACAAUUUUAUAGAAUUCAUCGAACUGUCAUUCUCGUAGAGAAAACGCAGUGUGCUUAGUUUAGCGCGAUCAGUCUUCCCCGACUGUCGAAGCACGUGUCUCGUUGUAGCCGUGUGGCAUUCGAACGGGGAGAGCGAGGCGGUGAGAUGAGACUGAGGAUUCGCUUGAUUAACAUUUGCAUUCGGCACAAGUGCACGGACGCGCAGGACGGCGUUCGAACUCACAAGAAGGUCGUGUGGAAGAAGGUGCGUGUGAAGAACGCCCAGGAGUCAAGUCGAGAGAGUCUAACCUCUAAAGGAGGCAAAUCCGCCACGAGCUCUCCUUACUGUUCACCCGUCAAUCUCGAGGCGGGCUUCCGCAAGUUACUCACGAAGUCCGAUGGAGCGUCGAGUAAGUCGAUUGAUAUGCAGGUAUCGAGGAAAUCGACGGAGCAGCAUGUAAAUUCAGGUAUAGAGUCUAAAAGCGUAAACUGUCACGAUGUAAACACGCCAGCUACCGGAUCCGGUCAACAAUCACGCGAGACACGAGAAUCAAGGGAAUCGGAAAAUAAUACGGAUGUUAAUUCAAACACGAAUUCUUCCGAGGGAGAUAAUGUCCGAGUUAACGAGAUAAAUAUGCAAAUGUUGCCCGAAGCGCUGCACCGACAGUUGUUCAGAAAGAAUGACAAAGAAAACUGUCUGUCCGAGGAGGAAGUCAGCGAUGUAAAGAAAAAUUUAACCACGUACGGCAUAAACGUGAAGGAUGCCACCAGGUUCGCCGACGUGAAGCUGAAGCUACCGGCUUUGGAAGGAAAAGAUAUAGAGGAGCAUUUUUACAACAUUGGAAAUGCGCAGGCGAAGCCGUAUUUAAAGAUCAUAAAUGAUAUUAUGAAAGAUAUUCCCGAGAUGCCGACGCAGUGGCUGUUCAAGGAAGGCUGGACCAGAUACACGGCGGAUGGUACAGCAGAGAGCGUAGAUCAUCCGCUGGAGGAUGGUGUGAUUUUCGACGUUGAGGUCUGCAUGAAGCAGGGCCCGCUGCCCACUCUAGCCACCGCGGUCAGUAACAAAGCCUGGUACGGCUGGGUGUCGAAUUCCUUGGCGCAGAGCAUCGGCCGAACGUACGACACGCAGUUACUCACGCCGAACGUCCUCAUUCCUAUGGAGAGCGGCAAGGAGGAGCAUGGCUACAGACUGAGUCAGCAUCAGAAGAAGCCAAAAAUUGUCGUGGGUCACAACGUGUCGUACGACCGAAGUAGAAUUAAGGAGCAGUAUUGGUUGAACUGCACGGGCACUCGUUUCCUCGACACCAUGUCGUUGCACGUGUGCGUCAGCGGUCUCAACAGCUACCAAAGAUCGCUGUUAUUGUCUAAGAAGGCGAACGCGGAGAAGGAGAUCUGGCAGUCCACCACUUCAUUGAACAGCUUGGUGGAGGUGCACAAGCUGUACUGCGGCCACGAGAUAAGCAAGGACGCGAGAGAUUUAUUCGUCGAAGGGACUAUUGAGGAUAUCAAAGACAAUUUCAACAUGCUGAUGUCUUACUGCGCCUCCGACGCGGUUGCUACGCACAAUAUACUACGCAAUCUGUUCCCGCUCUUUCAAGAGAGAUUCCCUCAUCCGGUCACUCUGGCCGGGAUGCUGGAACUCGGCUCGGCGUACCUGCCGGUGAAUUCCAAUUGGCAGAGAUACUUGGAGGAAUCGGAGUCGACGUUCGACGAUUUGAACUACGAGGCGAAGGUCACUCUCGCCAAGAGAGCCGACGCUGUUUGCCACCUCAUGCACGACGAGAAGUACAAGCAGGACUUGUGGAUGUGGGACCAAGACUGGAGCACGCGGACAAUUAAGAUGAAAAGCAAAGUGUCGAAAGUGAAAGCUGCUAGCGUAGAGACAAAUAUAGUACAAAAAGAGUCAGACGCUAAGUACUUAUCGGAUGACGAGGAAGAGGAGGAGAAUCCUUUGGCGAAGGAAUUUGCGUAUCUGGAGGAAACCAGGCAUUUAUUACCAGCUAGAAUGCCGCACAUGCCGGGAUAUCCGGCGUGGUACAGGAAACUCUGUCCCAAGGAGAGAGACGAAGACUGGGCACCAGGUCCGCAAAAUAUCAGCACUUCCAUGCAGGUGGUUCCGAAGCUGCUGAAUCUGACAUGGGAGAAGUAUCCGUUGCAUCAUAUAAAGGAGCACGGCUGGGGAAUUCUAGUGCCGUACAACAACGAUCCCGACAUCGAGAGCAAUCUGCCGUUGAAGAAUCUUUUGGCCCAGUGUCCUCUGCCAGCGUCCAACUCGUCCAGGGACAUUUCUGACGACGCAAUGGCCACUUUGAGCACCGACGUGCAGAACGAUCUUCACAAGACGGAAUUCUGGCGAUUCAAGAAGAAGCAGCGGGACGAGUCGUACGACGAAACGUACAAGGGCACCGGCGUGUGGUGUAACGUCGACAUCGACAACUGCUGCUACUUCUUCAAGCUGCCGCAUAAGGACGGCACCAAUUAUAACGUCGGGAAUCCGCUCGCCAAGGACUUCCUCAACAAGUUCUCCGAGAACGUACUCGCCGGCUUGGACGUCAGCGCCGCGGAGGUGCUGAAGAUCGCCCGUAUGCUGUCCUACUGGCGGAACAAUCGCGACAGGAUCAUGUCGCAGCUGGUGAUAUGGCUGGACGAACACUGCCUACCCGGCAGCGUCAAGAGAACGAAGCGACACACGCGUUACGGCGCGAUAGUACCUCAGGUGGUCGUGUCCGGUACUUUGACGCGUCGCGCCGUAGAGCCCACGUGGAUGACGGCGUCGAACGCGCAUCCCGAACGAGUCGGUUCCGAGCUCAGAUGCAUGGUGCAGGCGCCACCGGGCUACAACAUCGUCGGCGCCGACGUGGACAGCCAGGAGUUGUGGAUCGCCUCGAUCAUCGGAGACGCGCACUACAAGCGCGUCCACGGAGCGACACCUUUCGGCUGGAUGACCCUGAUCGGCACCAAGUCCAACGGCACCGACAUGCACAGCGUCACCGCCAAGGCCAUCGGCAUCUCGCGCGACCACGCCAAGGUCAUUAACUACGCUCGAAUCUACGGCGCCGGCCAGAAGUUCGCCGAACGCUUGCUGAAGCAGUUCAAUCCGUCGAUGACGGACACCGAGGCCACUUCUAAAUCACGCAAGAUGUUUGCCCUUACAAAGGGUAGGAAGACAUUUCGAUUGAAGACUGAAUUUGUCAACGAUGACAUGCAGAAUAUUCCCUACACAUCCUUUCAGGCAUACAAGAUAGCGAAGUUGCACGGCAAGGCGUUGCAGGACAUCUUCCUGAAGAGUGAGUGGCUGGGCGGCUCGGAAUCAGCCAUGUUCAACCGACUGGAACAGAUCGCCGGCAGUGAGCGUCCAGUCACGCCGUUCCUCAACGCCAGAUUGAGCCGCGCCCUGGAGAUCACCAACACCGACGAUGACGACAAGUUCCUGCCCACCAAGAUUAAUUGGGUGGUGCAGAGCGGCGCGGUAGACUUCCUUCAUCUGAUGCUGGUCUCCAUGAGAUGGCUGAUGAGAGAUAACGCUAGAUUCUGCCUGUCGUUUCACGACGAAGUGAGAUAUCUGGUCCCGUCCAGAUACAAGUACAACGCUGCGCUGGCCAUGCACGUGACCAACCUGAUGACGAGGUCGUUCUGCGCUUCUAGACUAGGCAUGAGAGAUCUGCCGAUGUCGGUGGCGUUCUUCGCCGCCGUGGAGGUCGACACCGUCCUUCGCAAAGAGUCCGCUCACGAUUGCAAAACCCCGUCGAAUCCUCACGGCUUGCAGAACGGAUACGAGAUACCGCCCGGCGAGAGUUUAGACGUCUGGACCGCCUUGGAGAAAUCCGGCGGCUCGCUAGGCUAUUGGCACGAUGCGAAAAGUCGCAAAGUUAAAACAGACGAUGAAAAGUAACUGCGGUUACUUAAAGUCGCCAAAA